UACAGUUAAAAUAAAAAACUUUCAAGAAACAUAAAAUCAGUUCGGAUUUUCUUGUUUAACUUUUGUUUUCCUUACUGAAUGCAGGACAGAAAGAAGAAACAAGAAUUUUAAUAUGGCAUCAUUACUUUGAAUUGUUUAUAAUUUAACAUGCUCCACUUAAACAUUCUUCGUACGCUGUGCUUGAAAUCGACAAGCUUGGCGCACAAUUCGUUGGUACUUCCAAGGUUGUUUUCGCUGUGUACAACAUCUUCAACUUUAUCAAGGCAUUCCAUUCAACUGAAAUUGAACCCAUAUACUGUAAAUAAUUUGAAUGUACGGUUGUCAAUAUGUGACUGUUAUUGUAUUGGAAGUGUUUUAACAUUAACCAGAAGUUAUGGAAUAAAGUUGCCCAACAAGCAAACUCCUGCUCAACUUAAAGCUGCAAAUGACAAGGCGAGACUUUACCAUAGAAACCUUGGAAUGGUCAAACGUGCACUGAAAGAAAGUGGCGGAUAUGACUUAAAGGUAAACACAGCUCUAGCAAGGGCCGUGGCUCAGUGUAAGAAGGAUGGAAUGCCAGCUACCUUGGUUAAUCGUUUAUUAGAUAGAAAAAAACAGGAUACAUCAGAAUUUACUCUUCCAGUCACUGGGCCAAAUGGUUGUGUGGUUAUUCUUCAAUGCUAUGCAAAAAAUAUCAAAGUAGCAGUACAGCAGGCAAAAUUUUGCAUUCGUAAAUCCAAUUUCCAAGGUUCUAUUAACCAAGAAUCCCUGAUAACGCAAAACUUUGAAAGAAAAGGCAUUAUUCUUACUUCGUUCCCAACAAGCGAAGACUACAAGUCAGAAGAAGAAUAUACAGAUCUUGCGAUUGAAGUAGGAGCUGAAGAUGUAUCGACAGUAGAAGAUGGAAAAUUACGGUUCACAUGCUCUUUGUCUGACUGGAAAAUGGUAGAAAAAGAGUUGAAAGAUAAAAACAUAACUGUUGAAUACGCUGAUGUUGAAUACGUGCCAAACUUCCCAGUUGAGGUUUCUGAGGAUCAACUCGAGGCGUAUGAAAACCUUAUACAGUUAACAGAAUCUGUAGUUGAUAAGACUGUGGGUCAAGUGGAGUUUUUUAAUGUUACAUCAAACAUUGAAACCACAUGAUUUACGUGUAACAUUGCAUGAAUAUAUUAGGUAAUUUUUGGACCGUGUAUUUUUUGUAAGUGACCUUUUCCAGAUGAAAAUAAAUGUGAUCUUUUCAAUGUUAG